CUUGAUAUUUUUAAAAAGGUCAGAAACGGAUGUCACGACUGGUGCCAGUGUGGGGGAGUGGCAAGCUUGCAAUCGCACGCGCUGCCACACGAGCGACAUGCGCUUGGCAGCCGAAAGAUCCUAUAUGACGUAGCGACUAUAGUCCGUUUCACCUUAUGUUGUACCACAGCGAAGCCUAGAAGAGCGAGCUCAUAACGUUGGCAGCUGCCCUUAAUGCACGAGAGUUUGUGCCACGGGGAUGUGCCCUAAAGCCAGGAGCACGCGCCCAUAGCCUUUCUUGUGGUACAUCAUAAGGUAAAAUAGAGUAUAGUCGGAGGGCUUUCCUGUUUUCUCGCGUUUAGUUACAUCUUCGAAGAAAAAGAACGCAAUAUUCAGAUUUAUGAGAUAAAACUACUCUAAAAUCAACCUCUAUCUCAUUUUUUUUUUUAAAUAACUGUUUUAGCUUCUUUUUAGUAGGGAUGAAGAAAAGGGGGAAGCCGCUCUAAGCUCGUCCUAAGAUGGAAGAAAUAAAAAUUUAAAAAAAAAUAAUUUGUGUUGCAACCGGGACUGUACUGCUGAUAAACUGAAAAACGGUGUCGUUAUUCAUGAAUCUUUAGUUCUUGAUUUAAAUGCUCUGCAAAUGCGCGUUAUCCAGUUUUUGCCUUCUUUUUCCACGUCUGCGUCACAUUUCGUAAUCAUGCAUUUUACUGCGCAGUUUGAUCAAGCAAUGAAUAGCCAACUAUACCAAUUCCAAGCACUGAUGCCCUUCAGUUUUAGUUCUGCUCAUUGAAUGUGAUGAUAUUUGAGGGCAGGUAAAGUAACUUUGUGUUGGCGAAUGUUUAUUAACCCUCAUCCUUCUAAACUUUGCAGGUCGAACUAUCCGGAAAUCCACUUAAUGCAAGUGUGAGCGACCUUUCGCUGCCUAGGAAAGAGGUCCGGCAAUCCGCCAGAUAUUGCCCAGGCAGCAUUCGACUACGAAUGGCAGGGAACGGACUGCGAGGACAAGAGGGCGGAGCUCUCCUUCCAAGGAGCCGAAUCGCAGAAGCAACCAUCGAGGAUGGAACAGGAGGGGAGGACAAACAGCGAUUGGAUCGAAGCAUACCAUAACGAAGAAGUGGAUAUCUUGGACCAUGACAGCCGCAAGGGUGACACCUCUCCUCAGAACAACCGGUCAGACCCACACAAGCAGCAAACGCACCGACAACUGGACAAGCACCCGUGCCGCUUCUGUCCUUACUCAAGCUCUUCCGCAACAACUGUCGCCAUCCACGAGAGGACUCACACUGGCGAGAGGCCCUUCAGUUGCGGUGCAUGCGAGAAAACGUUCAGGCGAAAGGCUAGCUUGAUAGUGCACGUUAGAAUUCACACCGGAGAGAAGCCGUUCAAGUGCAACACGUGCAGCAGAGCAUUUGGUCAUAAAAGCACCUUGGUGGAUCACGCAAGGAUUCAUACAGGAGAGAAGCCGUUCAGGUGCAACACUUGCAGCAGGGCGUUUCCUCGGAAGUACCAGUUGGCGAAUCAUGAGAGGACUCACACCGGAGAGAAGCCGUUCAAGUGCAACACGUGCAGCAGAGCAUUUGGUCAUAAAAGGACCUUGGUGGAUCACGCAAGGAUUCAUACAGGAGAGAAGCCGUUCAGGUGCAAGACGUGCAGCAGGGCGUUUAUUCAGAAAAGCAGCUUGGCGAUUCAUGAGAGAACUCACACUCGAGAGAAGCCGUACAAGUGCGAGACUUGCAGUAGAGUGUUUGCGUCUCAUGCCGGUUUACAGAAUCAUCGAAAGAUACAUCGCAAGUGAUUGAAACCAUCUUAUGCGUCAUAGCUGUGGAGGGGGUUAAAACAAAAUACUCGAGCUCAUACAUGUGUUCAUUUCCUUUGGCGAUAGACCUGCAGUGGUUCUACUUGUGAGCAGUGUAGGUUUUGCAUGGUUCAAAAUAAUUCAGCCAUUUAUUUAUCGUGUAAUCACAAAUAAAAAUGUGAAUUUAGCUUAAAAGAUGCAAGCGGGAUUCUUUUUUGUACACAAAGAAUUACUGGAAGCAUACUAUAUUUUAUUAAUUUAGAGUCCUUAAUCACGUGCUGCACCUGUAGUCUGGAUUGUCUAGGUUCAUUUAUGUUGCUUACAAGUCGGCCUGCUAAUAACCAAAAAAAUGCGAAAUAAUAAAAUAACUAAGGUCUUUCAAUAGCAACAGUCUUGAAUAAUGUAAAAGUUUAAAAAGAAAAACCGAGUAAUGCUAACACAACAUAAAGAUGCAGAAAUAAAAUUAUAUUGAAGCCUAAUUAACACACCAAGCUGGUAACUAAUGCUUUGCACAUAGGACUGGAACAGAAUAUACAACACUCGAAGUAUUAAAAAAGCAAUGUCUUGUUUUC